GCUCGGAUACAUGUUGUAGCUGCUCGCCCGCACUGCAGAUUAACUCUUACCGUGCCGGAGGAUGCAGCGAGACACGACGCUGCCUCUCUGCAGCCGGCUCUUUGAAACCGGAACAGACCUGUUGGGAAGACAGCAGCGAGAAGCCUCCUAUAACACAAGGAUGAGCUCACUGUGACAUCAUGGUCUUCUCACCCUGAUGAAAUAUCCCUGCAGCGUUACUGACAAGUCAAAAACGCUGCCUCUCUGCAGCCGGCUCUUGGGAAGACAGCAGCGAGAAGCAUCCUCUAACACAAGGAUGAGCUCACUGUGACAUCAUGAUCUUCUCACCCUGACUCUGCCUCUUUGCAGUUGCAGCUCUACUGGAUUAGUGGGAUGUUGUAGCAGCAAAGGAACGUGGGAUUCCCUCUAAACACAGACAGCAUCGUCCGACUCAGGGACAUACAGUAAUCUGUCGAACUGGAGCGGUGCAGGAGGCUCACUUGCUGACAGCAGUGCAGCUUCUAACUGAGCACUUUAAAUGUGAUGCUGCUCCCUUAAAUUCAAAUCAAGCAAAGUUCUUUUUCCCCCUUUUGAUUAUCCUUGAGACUACUGCUUGAGGUCAGCCUUAACAAGUAGUCUUUCAUUAUGUCCACUGAUGAUAUUUCAAAAGACUCCUCACCUUGUGAUCUUUCUCACCAUGUGGGUGAGAGUGCUAUAAAACUGCGGUCUCAAGGUUCCGCUCCCCAGGACAUUAAGUGUAUACUCUCCAGGCCUGGACUAUAAGAGAGCUUGGCUUUGAAGGGAUUUCAUAGAUGAGCUGUGUGUGUGUGUGUAAUGAGACGAAAGUGAGAGGAGGGCAGUGGGAGUAAUGAGGAGAGAAAGAAGAAGAGGACGAGGAGGGAGAGCGAGAGGGUGAGGGCUGUUGACGUGAAGGGGUGAUGUAUUUACACUCCUCACUUAUAAGGACAUUCACAUAACCUUCAAGUGAAAUGAGCAAGCUGCAGCCACUGAUCCACCUCCUGCACAGUUUCAGCACAACCAUUUGCAUGCACGUGUAUAUGUGUGCUUCACAUGCACACACUCGCUCUCACACAUGACAAGACGUCCCACUGGGUGCACACGAUGUCCCAGUGAGAACAUGCUCUUCCUCAGAGAGGAAGACCACCGGGAGUCCAGAGAAGGGCAGGGGACAGUUAGUGUCCAAAACAGACAGAUUUGUCAAAAUCGCAGAAUGAAACCGGGCUAGCCUGCUCCCCAGAGACUAAACUUGCCCUUUAGUGUCCUUGCUCCAUUAAAAGCAAAAAAAACCUCUGGAGUUACCUCACUUAGAGUGUGUGGGUUAGUCAUCCUCAGUAACAACUGCAUAAUGAAGGACGCUGGAUGAGAACACAUUCUUAAAGAAGGUAUCGGCUGGUCUGAGCUUCUUCUGACCGGAGCCCACGCAACAACUCUUCAGCCAACACUCACUCUCCCUGGGGUUUGCAGGGACGCCUCCUAAACUCAGCCCAUUCCUCAUCCUGCCACACAGAGCGUGAGGGGACGCAGGCCAGGCACUGUGGAGACGGGGCAGAGCAGGGAAGAGGCAGAGUGAGAGGAGUGUGUGUGUGUGUGUGUGUGUGUGUGUGUGUGUGUGUGUGUGUGUGUGUGUGUGUGUGUGUGUGUGUGUGUGUGUGUGUGUGUGUGUGUGUGUGUGUGUGUGUGUGUGUGUGUGUGCACUUCUGGACACCCUUCUUCCUCUAAAAGGGAAACUCAAAGCUCUGAAGAACACAGAUCCCACAGGAUGACCCGCUACUUCCCCACACAUGUUGACAGGGGCUGAGGUCGGCCACACUUUGACGUGUGUGUGUGUGUGUGUGUGUGUGUGUACGUCAAACUGUGUCGAGGAGUCUGUGAUUGCAGCAGGGAGAGUCUGCACUCCCCUCCAGCCCGGAGAGGGGUUGUAGUGUGCGUCCUCUGUGUUCCGGAUGCAGAACAUCCUCGAUCAGAACUUAGACAUGGCCACAGCUCUACUCGCCGGCGAGAAGCUGAAGGAGCUGAUCCUGCCGGGCCACUCUCAGGAUGAGAAGGGCGGGGCCCUGGCAUGCCUCAUGGUGCAGCUCAAACUGGAGCUGCCCUUUGAUCGUGUUGUUACUAUAGGGACGGUCAUCAUCCCCAUCCUGCUGGUCACCCUCGUCUUCACCAGGAACUUUGCAGAGGAGUCCAUAUACUGUUACACACCGCACAACUUCACCAGGGACCAGGCACUUUAUGCAAGAGGCUACUGCUGGACAGAGCUGAGUGACGCUUUACCUGGUGUGGAGCAUCACCUCUGGCCUUCACUCUUUGAACACAAGUUCCUGCCCUACGCCCUGCUGGCCUUUGCUGGAAUCAUGUACAUCCCUGCUUUGAGCUGGGAGUUCAUGGCCUCCACGCGACUCACCUCGGAGCUCAACUUCCUGCUCCAAGAGAUCGACAACUGCUACCAUCGAGCUGCUGAGGGCCGAGCCCCAAAGAUCGAGAAGCAGAUCCAGUCCAAAGGACCUGGCAUAACUGAGCGAGAGAGGAGGGAGAUCAUAGAAAAUGCAGAAAAGGAGAAGAGCCCGGAGCAGAACCUGUUUGAGAAAUACUUAGAGAGACGAGGCCAAAGUAACUUUCUGGCUAAGCUUUACCUGGGUCGCCACCUGGCUAUUAUCUGCCUCAGUUCUAUCCCCAUUUCCUACCUGAGCGCCUACUACGCCCGCCAAAGACAGAAUGAGUUCACCUGUGCGCUGGGUGAGCCCCCAGACACCAGCAGCUAUUUAGAGCUGAAGCUCAGGGUUAACUGUAAGCUUCCUGCUGUGCAGCUGCAGCGCAUCAUGGCCAUUGUGGACAUAUCUCUGCUCUGCACCAUGAACCUCAUCAUCCUGAUUAAUUUGCUGCACUUGUUUGUCGUGCGCAAGUCCAACUUUGUAUUUGACAAACUGCAUAAAGUUGGCAUUAAAACGCGGCGACGCUGGCAGAAGUCUCAGUUCUGCGACAUCAACAUCCUGGCCAUGUUUUGCAACGAGAACAGGGACCACAUCAAGUCACUCAACAGGCUGGACUUCAUCACCAACGAGAGUGACCUCAUGUAUGACAACGUGGUCAGGCAGCUCCUGGCUGCGCUUGCACAGUCCAACCACGACGCUACACCCACAGUGAGGGACUGUGGGAUACAAACGAUUGAUCCCAACAUGGAUCCCUUUGAUUUUGGAGUGGGGGAGAUGGCCGGGGAGCCGCUGGUCAUCAAACGGACUCGCAAGAAGAUUAAAUGGAUCCCAUCCUCAAAUCCUCUCCCUCAGCCAUUCAAGGAACCUCUUACCCUCACACGCUUGGAAAAUCACGGCAAGCCUGAAAAACCCAAACCGCUCAGACGAAAGACGAUGGCCGACAACUUCAUCGCACCACUUCUGGACAGCAAAGGCACACAGCACCCAGCAACAAAAGAUUUAAGCGCGAUGGAGAAAAAGCACAGUCGCAACUUCUCACUGGACAUCCACCCGUACAUGCUGACCAUUCGUAAGCCCAAGGUGGAGGCCACAAUUGCAGAACCACUUCCCUCAGAGCACAACAUAGACACAGUGUACCUUGAAGGCACACAUACUAUCGUUCAUGUGUCUGGCGCGAUUACAGAAACUAAGGUGUGCUCUCCGGAAUUUACCAACCCUUCCUUUUCUACCAUGACCCUGCCCACCCAAGCAUAUGUAAAUGGCGUGAGCCCCAACCCACCGUCCAGCGAGGAUGCGCUCAGUCCCAAGUCCUCCCCACCACAAAUGGAGCCCGUCACCCAGGCAGUAAACCCAGAGCCUCCGACACCACCCCUGACCAGAGCGCCCACACACCAGCUGCUCAGCAUACACCACACUCUCUUUGAGGAAGACGAGGACGAAGAACACCGUAGAGACAGACUGGCAGGGAGACCGGGGGAGCUCAUCGCCGCCGGGGAAUGUUAAAGACGGAGAAGAAGGGGAACGCUGUGAUUCCUAUCUGCACAUGACCACCGUGUCAAUCCUGUACUCCAAUCCAGAGCCUCCCCUGCUCACCUACUCUCACUUCUCACACUUCUGUGAUGGGAGGAUUGGGCUGACUGAUGAGAAAGAAAGGGAAACACUUUUAGAUUGUUGAAAUACUCAGAGAGGAUGAAUAAUGGUUGUGUUUACCAGAGUAUUACUGUAAGCACUGAUGUCCCAUUCAUGUCUCAGGAUGACUGUGCACAGCUCAUCACCCUCCAAUGAAACCAGCAGUGAUAUACUUUAACAGGGUGCUACAGUGCAGGUUCAAACCGCUAUUAUCAGUAAAGAAAGGAUGAGCGCCGAUGGGAGACGAGCUCAGACACCUUUGGAUUGAUGCAUAUUUGCAUUGUGGUAUUUAAACACAUAUGAUAACGCUUAGUCCCUUUAUCACAAUAACCAAGUAGAAAGGUAGCUCACGCAAUACACUUGUUGAGAUCUGCACAAUAAUAUGCAAAAGAUCACAAUAUAUUUGUGGCAAUAAGGUUUGCGCUUACAGCAUCGUAGUUCGCAGAAAGCUGUACAUGUAUAGACACUAUGUGUGACUCAGCGAUUUUUGGGAUGUUUAAAAUAUAAUAAAUUACAUGGCUUUGUCGUUUUCACCACUGAUUAGGGACGUGUAUUAAGAUCUUGAUUCUGAUAUUUGCACAUAAUUAAUUAUAGGUAGAUUGGCAUAUUUUAUAAAGGAACAGAAGAUUCUACAGUGAUAGGAGUGGCUGUGUGGGUGAAUUAUCAGUAUUGAUGUGGGUAAUAGGUGCUAGAUAUCUUUUGAAAUCUAGUAGAAAAGGUAACGUGGGUGUUUUCUUCUUGACAACGUGAAUAUCCCUUCACCGUGACGACUGGAGAUGGACUCACUGUUUCUGGACUCUGUGUUCUGCUGGCUUCUCGCGUGAGUGAUGUGAAAAUGAAUGAAGUGGGAGUUGCUGUCGAAUCGUUCCUCACUGGAACUUACAAUGACAAAGCUUAUGAUUGUCAUCCGCUGUUUUUUCAGUGCUCCCCUGUCUCACAUUGUGCUAACACCUGCUUGAUCGCCAAAAGAAACUUGUGAAAGAAUGACUUGCUAGAAUAGUUUGUCUGUGAUUUGUAGAUAAACCAAACAUAUAGGCAAUGUUAGAACCUUUCACACUGAGGGGUUGAGUUCACUUGUGCGUGGACAAGGGGAUGGGCGCCUACCACAACCUCUCCUUAUGCAUUCAUUGCAGCUGCACAAAUGAACCUCAAUAAAAAGGAAAUACAGUAUCUGAA